CUGCGCAUGCGCGGCUGUCACCCAUCAGUGCCAGUCAGUGCCACCUAUCAAUGCCAAUCAGUGCCACCUACAGUCAGUGCUGCCAAUCAGUGCCACCUAUCAGUGCCAGUCAGUGCUGCCUAUCAGUGCCAGUCAGUGCUGCCUAUCAGUGCGCAUCAGUGCCGCCUAUCAGUGCCUGUCAGUGCCGCCUAACAGUGCCAGCCAGUGCCGCCUAUCAGUGCCAGUCAAUGCCGCCUAUUAGUGCCAGUAAAUGCCGCCUAUUAGUGCCAGUCAGUGCCGCCUAUCAG